GGGGUGGCUGUGAGCGGGCGGUGGUGGAGUGCUGAGGGCUGGGAGCAGCGGGGCUCCCAGUGAGGGCAGGGGCGGCUCCCGCUCUCAAAGAGGGAAUCCAGCGCUGUCCCGAGGGCAGUUUGGAGCGAUCGUUAUCGUUAUCUCCUCUGCUCGAUGGGUUUUGCAUAUCCAGGUGCAACCCGAGGUCAGCGCGCGGUAGAGCUGAGCUGUUUGCAUGCUCUGCUAAUGCGGGAUGGCAAAGGGGAGGGGUGAGGAGCUGCAGCAUGUCCUGGGGGGGGGAGCUGGGUAAUCAUCCCCAAACCAACCCCAAAAGCCACAGGAGUGCUGUGCCGUGGCUCAGUCCCUUCCGUGCUGUAGGAAGAAAUCUCUGGGUUUUUGCUCGCUGCUGGAGGUGAUUCAGGAAGCUCUGUCUGAUCGUUUGGGUGCUGCUGAAGUCACUUGGGAAUCCGUUUCAUGUUGCACUCCCCGACCCCACAAAAAUAAACCCACAAAAAAGCAGCGAAAUGUGAAGCUCCCACACGCCCUUUGUGUCGGGGCAGAUGUGCUGUUUUGAAGCAGCCCUUCCUACUGAAGCAGCACCGUUUCCCCCAGCAGAGCUGCGAUACCCAUCUCUGGAGCGCUGACGUGGGGCUCUGAAGUCUGAGGACAGGGUGAUGCCAGAAGGAACCCGGCAUGCCGUACUUGGACCGACAGAACCGUAUCUGUGGGUUCCUGGACAUUGAGGAAAAUGAGACCUGUGGCAAAUUCCUGCGGCGCUACUUCAUCCUGGACACGCAGGCCAACUGCCUGCUGUGGUACAUGGACAACCCGCAGAACCUGGCUAUGGGAGCGGGUGCCGUCGGCUCUCUGCAGCUCACCUACAUCUCCAAGGUCAGCAUUGCCACCCCGAAACAGAAACCCAAAACUCCGUUCUGCUUUGUGAUCAACGCUCUGUCCCAGCGCUAUUUCCUGCAAGCCAGCGACCAGAAGGACCUGCAGGACUGGGUGGAGGCUCUCAACCGCGCCAGCAAAAUCACGGGCCACGGCUGCAUUUUGGCUGGGAGCACCAAUGGAGGUGCCCACGGAUCUGUGGCCAUCACUCUCCUGCUCUCGCAGGUCCCAAAGGGCGGUGCUGCACCCCCCACCACUGAGGUCACGAAGCCCCCGGCGGUGCUGCAGGCACAGGACAGGAAGCCCCCAGUGGCCUACAAGACCGAAAUCAUCGGUGGUGUGGUGGUGCACACCCCCAUCUCCAUCAGCCAGAAUGGUGGGGAUGGAGCGGAGGGCAGCGACCCGACUGCACACCCACUGCUGCGCCGCUCCCAGAGUUACAUCCCCACCUCGGCCACCAAACCGCCCGCCGGGCCGCCCGCCAUCAAGAGCGGCUUCUGCGUGAAGCAGGGCAACGUGAGGAAGAGCUGGAAGCGCCGCUACUUUGUCCUCGAUGAGUUCUCCAUCAGUUACUACAAAUGUGAGCAGGACAAGGAGCCGCUGCGUUCCAUCCUGCUGAAGGACAUCUGCAAGACCCACGAGUGCCUGGUCAAGUCUGGUGACCUCCUGAUGCGGGACAACCUCUUUGAGAUCAUCACGAGCUCCAGGACCUUCUACAUCCAGGCAGACAGCCCCGAGGACAUGCACAGCUGGAUCCGUGCCAUCACAGGGGCGGUGCAGGCCCUGAAGACCCGCCCGAGGGAGAUCUCCUUCAUGCGCUCCUGCUCCAUGACCAAGCCUGGGGGCAGCUCGGUGCCAUCGCAGCCGCAGGAGAGGAGAGCGCCUUGCAAGGCCCCCGCUACCGCCUGGCAGCCCUGGACGCCGGUGCCACAGGACAGGAGGCAGCCCGAGGUGCCUGGCCGGGAUGCGGUGUUUGUGCCGGCGCUGACAGAGCGCGAUGGAGCUCCUGCACCGGGUCAGCGCCUGCGGCACCGCUCGGAGCCACAGCACCUCAAGGAGAAGGCGUUCCCCUUCGACCUGGAUGAUGACAGCAUCCGGACCUCUGAUGUCUGACGGUGCCUCUGCUCCACGGUGUGCCCCCUGCAUGGGUGUGUGGCAUCCUUUCUCCCCAAGCACCAAACAUGGAAGACAGUGCAGGAGGGCUCGGAAGCACGAGGGGGGUGAGGCGGCCUUUCCCCUCUUUGGAAGAACGUUCAUCUCCCUUCUGUGCCGCUCAGUCUUCCCCAGCACUGCUGUGCCCGGAGCAGGAGCUGCGCUGCAGCCUGCAGUAUGGAUGAUGUUUCCAGCAUGCAUUGCCCAACCGAUGGGGUACCAGCACACCCAGUGGCAUCAAACUGCCUCCUUUCAUAUCUGUGGCUGUUGUUACACCCUGGCAAGGUGUGCUGCUCCUGGGGGACAGUGGUGACCGGGGCUGAGGAAUUCUCAGGUUAUUCUGGGGUUUGUUAGGCACCAAAAAGACCUGUCUGAGUGAAGUGCUGUGAGCACAAAGCAACAAAAGCUGAGCGUGUAGAUGAACCCCGGGAGACUCGUCCAACCACCCCAUACUGACUCAGAGUGAAAAUGAGAAGAACCUUUCUUAGCAGUGUGAGCCGGUCAUUUCCAUAAGCAAAUAUCCUCCUGUGGGAGGUGUGACACAGCACAUGGAAAAUGCAAGUCUUCCCCAGGGAGCGAUUGUUUGAUGCCUUCACCCCAACAAGCACAUGUAGGAUGCCACGGGUGCUGCAAGCAGUGCUUGGUGCUGUGUGCGCUCAGAGCUGCAUGCAGGGCAGGGGCUCUGCUUUCCCUCCCAGUGCACCACAGCAGUGCUGGAGCUGAGCUGCCCAACCAUGCAUUGCAGCUGAAGGAUCAGGGCAGCAGGUGUGGGGCUGCACCGCAAGCCCAGCAGUGCUGGAGUGCUCUGCAGCUAGCAAGGUGUCCCUUUGCUUUGUGUAGUUACCUUCUUUUCUUUUUUUCUUCUGGUUGUUAUGUGUUCUCUGCUCUGCAAAAUCAGCCUAACGUGUGUUGUCAGGUGGCAUUACUUUGCUUUCCUGUGUGUCUGUUGUGACCCAUGGAGAAGCAGCUGCAGAUACACUUCAUACAGUCAGGGAUGGUGAAUGGGACCCCCCAGGCCAGGGGACAAGAGCAGCUUUGUGCAGGGAUGCUGGAGAACACUGAAACGAUAAAAAACGAGUGUAAAACAAUGCAAAUGGUACUGGGAGAAUAUUAAUAUUUGUUAUUUAAUUGUAGAAGCCUCAGUUACGCUGUUCCUUUUUGCCUUUUUCCUUUGUUUUUGCCUUCAGCUGACCUCUGCUUGCUGGUUUGGUGUUCUGCUCCCUGGAGGUUCUGGUCUGUCACUCCCACUCACAGCACCAGCUGAUGUCGGCGCUCUGACCUCAUUUUGGGAACCCAUUAAAUGAUGGCUCCUUUGUGCAAGGCUUCAAACACAGUACCAAGCCGUGCUGCUUGGCAAUUGCAAAGUUUCCUCAGGCCUGGGAUGGUGGAGCAGAAGCUCGUUGCACAAUUAAGGUUAAUUAUCCAGGAAGGUAACUACCUGUGGCUGCAGUGCUGUUGCAACACUCUUCUCCCAUUCCCACCCUCCUCAUCUCCGGGACAGUGAUGAUGCAUUGGUGGGAGAUGUGUGCAGGCUCUGGGGGUUUUGGAUGGGAAGUGAUGUGAGAGUGGGUUUGCUCCUCUAUAUGAAAAUGCCCAAAUGGUUCCCAGCUGCGCUCCAAGUGCUCUUAGGGCCGGGGGUCUCUCAGCCUGCCGGUGUGUUUUGGCUGCAGAUGGAACUCUCUUUUUGCCCCUUUGUAAAUAAAGAAGGAAACCCCA